UAUUUUGCAUGUAAAGGUUAAUUUCACCACACCGGUCACUGGCAGCGUUAGUACAUCCGGGUGAUUCCAGUGACCUUGGGUUGGUUGUGAGAAUCAUGGCGACUCUUGUCAGGAUAAGUUCUGUUUGCCACAGAGGUGUCAGCCCUCUGUUAUUUCGCUCUUCCUCCCUCAUCAGACCUUUGGCCGUACAGAAGAAGGAUCGUGAUUGUCCGUACUUGAUAUCAGCAAAGAUCCAUGCAACUCCAUCCAACUAUGCGGGCUCUGGGUCCAAAGCCGCUUCUCUGCACUGGACAGGAGAGCGGAUCCUGAGCAUAGUUCUUCUAGGUUUGGCACCCGUUGCAUACUAUUACCCCGGCCCUGCUGUUGACUACUCUUUAGCAGCUGCACUUACUCUACAUGGUCACUGGGGUCUUGGCCAGAUUUUGACAGAUUACGUUCACGGAGACUUUAAAAUCAAGAUGGCAAAUGCUGGCCUCUUCCUUCUGUCGACCGUCACCUUCGCCGGCCUGUGCUACUUCAACUACCAUGACGUGGGGAUUUGUAAAGCUGUGGCCCUCUUGUGGAGUAAAUGACUGGACUGAGAUGGGGGAUGGGAUCUGCUUUUGGCAUCAGAGUUCCAGUUUAUUGUAUACAUUUGUGAAGUUUGCGAAAUAUGUAAAUUCUAUAAAUAUAUCAUUUUUGACAACAUUGUGUCGAUUUGCAGGUGUUUUUAAUUGUUAAUGUUGUCAGUUUGUUCAGAACAUGCUCAGCUUUUGCUUAAGAUGGAAAUCUCUGCAUGUCAUCCACUCUCUUGUCUGGCAGAUCAGUGUUUCUGAAGCAGCAAAAUGAACUAAUUGUUGUGGCUACAAGAUGCUGGUCACUGUAUUUGAAAUCACUAUGCUAAUAAUAUUACCUUUUUACAGGAAAAUGAUCAGGUAAUAAAUGUUUUGGCCAUAUUUAUCGCAUAAUGUCUUUUUGUCAGCCAGUAUCUGAUGUUAAAACGUAAUAUCUUGACUUAAGUUGGUUGUCACAUUCAGAAUAAACUUUAUACAGGUAUUUGAACAUGUAUCUUCAUAGUCCUCCAGUAAUAACCACAACAUGUGGAGAAUUGACACAUUGACACUUUGCAUGGCUGUAUUUCUGCUUAAGUAAUUAAUCAUUUAUGAAAGGCAAUUUGUAACUUGAUGUGCUUUGCAUUAAAAGCAAUUUAUGUCUUUCAUUUUAAAUUGCUUGAUGUAUUUAAAAUGGUAUAUCCAAGCUUGUGUGGGUAAUUAUGUAAAUUGAAUCUAAAUUACAAAAUGUGAGUUUUGGAUCUAAAGGUUUCUAGAGAUACUUUUUUUCCUGAAAGGAAUAAAUUUUCGAUGGAGAUUUUGCAAGUCCUGUUAUCAUGAUCUUAUACAUGUCUGAAAUGACAUGAUUGAGUCUGGUUGCACUUUUGUCUGUUUAAAGUGCUAUGGAGAUUUGUGUAAUAAAUCUGUAUGACUAGAUUUCUAUGCAGAUUGAAGCUUUGGGUACAAUUGUGCACUUAAGAAUAAAGGCAGUUUUUUGGAUUA